AUGCAUCCCAUUCCUCUUGCCGUCUUGAGCCUGAUAGCGACAUCAUCGCUCGUGAUUCCCAAGGUACUUGCUCAGUCAGAGAGCAGUGCUUGGGAGGCCAUUUCGAAAAUGAAAAUGGACCCUGAGGGAUAUUUUCACAUUGCUGACGACGGAGUGGCACGAUCCUAUGAUGGGAACGAUGCUGUUAUCGACUAUGUUCCGUUGGCCAAUGAUCAGCUUAUGCAGCUGCUCUCAAACCUGCCAGAGCCUUGGCAGCAGGAACUGGAUCAUUUGCACUCCAUAUUUGAUGGCGUCGACGGACUUCAAGUUGUGGAUGAGGAUCAGUUGCUUAACCCGCCGGCUUGGCUUCGGCGUGUCGUGGAUCGUGAGCCACCUCAAUCUCAAAACCCUAAGCGCGAGGUCGAAUCCCUCCUAGAGGGUAGAGACUGGUACUGCCCACGGCCGGAUGACCAAGAUGAAGAGACGUCACAGACCAGGCCGUCUCUCAAGCACUCCCCAUCGCUCCAAGGCUUCCUCCACCUUGCUAGUGAUGGAGUGUACCGCAGCUUUAGCUCCAGCGGCGAGGUAGUGGACUAUAAGCAAUUGAACCCGGCAGAAAUUGCAAUAGUUCUGAAGGACUUUGACGGACAUAUCGAUUCAGAGGCUUUUGAGAAAGUUAAGCAGAAAUUGCAGGGUGUGGAUGGCAGAAAUGUGACUGAUUUGGACCAACUGCUUCACCCAGGGCCAGAGCUGCGUCCGUUGAAAUUUAACAAGUAA